AUGAUGUUACGUUCCAAAAUGUCUUAUUAUACUGUUUGUUCAUUCAUGACCAUGCCCAAUACUUCUAUGUUUCGUUACCGUCUUCAUUCUGGCUUUACUAGCGGCUCAUCUCUUUCUAUAUCUGGCAUUCUACGAUCAAGGAGAACAAUGGUACGAAGGGGACAGAAGCCUAAGUUUUCUAUUAGUAGGAGCAAGAAGAAAAGAAGCGUUGGUUGUUGGAUCCAUAUCCUUUACUCGUGCAAGAGCGGUCUUUCAUUCCUCGCUCGGGGACUCUUUCGUGCUUGGGUUUUUGUUUGCUUUUUCUCCAAAAGCUUGACUUGGGUGCACUUUUCUCUGAAACUCUUGGAGUUGUUGGGACUGUUACCUUGUUCUGUCCUCCCCGACCUAAGCCUUCCAACGGAUAGCGAUGGUAACACCAUCGAUCUGAAUGGUCCACCCUCCCCCUCGUCGCUGCACGAACAGAUAGAAAGUUCCGACUCUUUACGGGCGCGGAAUCGCCAAUUGGCAGAGCAUCUGGAGCGAGUUCAAGAGGAAAUCUUGAACCUUGAGAUUGAGAACGAAGAAGAUCCAACCCGUCGUCGCGAAAGGGUGGAGCAUCUCAAUAGGGAAGUGCAAGAGCUCGAAAGACAAGUAGAAAUCAAUAAAACAAGGGAUGCCCAGAGAGCUCAUCAGAUUUCACUAUUACAAGAAGGUUUAGGUGAACAAGACCGAAAGCAAGGGGACCAACAGUCCGCUUGA